GGAACGCACUCCAAGUUUGUGCCACUGUGCUACAUGGCGCGGCGAACUAACCUGCACCUUACAUUUGUCGAUGAUGACGAUUUGAAGCAUAAGUUGACCCCGCGAAUGUGACAUGUUGAUGUUCCAAUUUGUUUAUCCGAUUAAAGGACAUUGACAUGCAUCAUCAUCUAAGAUACCUACCAAUCUGUCGUCAUCUCUAGCAGCACGAACUUGAUAUCUAUUUCGAGUUGCACGCCAUGCGUUAAUCGCUUAUUUAUAACAUCGCUGUGUCGCUUUUUCAGCCGCCGUUUAUGAAGUCUCGAUACAACGUGCAUCGUGAAACGUGUUAAAUUUUAUUGUUUUCUCUUUGUGUUGUCUGAGUUAUGGAUGAAAUUUGGUUUCAUGUUUCUAAUAAAAUCGAAUCGUUGCAGUUUCAAGCAUCGGUAGCAAUUCAAGAAGGACAACAAUGGUGUAUGCUAUGGCUGGCUCAAUUCCGUCAAUUUAUUCAACAACUGUGUAAUGAAGAACACACACAGCAUGCAAAGGAUAUUGCACUGCGUGUAGCUACUUCCAUACAAAGUAAUUGGCAGGAUAUUCAAAUCCAGUUUCAUAAUACCCAAUGGUAUACAAUAGAUUUUUAUCGCCAACUUGGAGUCAUGUGUGCUAGUAAAGUAUCGAAGAGAGAUGUAAUGUUUUGCAUAACAGGUAUAGCUGUUGGCACUGUAGUAGGUUAUUAUGUGGGAAUCAAUAUGAGUCUGUCUUGCAAUGGUCAUAUGCAUAUAAAAACUAUAACUUGCUAUCGUUAUGAUGGUCUUGAGAGUGUGAUCAUCAUGGAUGACGUUGAAGUACCAACAGCUGUAAAGCCAAAUGAGUUAUUGAUACAAGUUCAUGCCACUUCAGUUAACGUUGUCGAUACGAAGAUAUGUUAUGGUUAUUCUAGAAUUUAUAGGAGACUACUUAAUUCAGGAAGACAGAAAGGACUACCUGUAACUUUAGGAAGAGAUUGCGCGGGGAUAGUAGUAGGUGUCGGACGUGAUAUCAUCAACUUUAACGUCGAAGACGAAGUUUUUUUAGCCGUCCCAUCGUGGGCUCCUGGCACGAUGGCGGAAUAUAUAAUCAUCCCAGAGAUGCAAGUAGCGAAACGGCCUAAAUCUUGUAGCUUUAUAUCCUGCGCUAGUCUGCCAUACAAUGGCUGCUUGGCAUGGGAUGCUUUAGUCAAUAGAUCUGUCAUCAAGGAAGGCAACGCCAAAGGAAAGCUUGUUUUCAUUUACGGCGGAUGUAGUCCGAUCGGUUGUAUCCUGACGCAACUGAUAAAAUUAUGGGGUGGUUACGUAAUAACCACAUGCAAAAAAAAGGCAGUGCCUGUGAUGGAGACAAUAGGCGCUGACGACGUUAUAAUUACAGACGAAGAUGAUAUCGAAAAACGUUUGCAGUUAUACAAGAGAUUUGACGCGAUUUUUUAUACCGAUAACAAUCAGCCGUUUGAAGAACACAUUCUGAAAAAGUACUUGAAGCCUAACGGUUCCUACGUCUCUACAGUUCCCGAACAGUUAACGUCGGAUUCGUUGGGAUUUAUAUGCGAAAGUAUAUUUGCAGGAUGCGUCAGGAUAAAAUUGUUGGUUCAGUACAUGUUCGGAUUCAACAUGCAUCAGUGGAAGGAAGGCGCAAAAUUGAAUGUUGAGUACCUGCGAAUCCUGUCUAAUUUGGUCAACACAGGCCACUUGCAACCGGUCGUGGGCAGUGUGUACACGCUACACGGUUUCGAACGGGCAUUACGUCACGUUUUAGAUUCGAACUCAGUCGGUAGUACCAUCAUAACAUUUAAAUGAUAUUUCGUUGUUAAUAUUAGGAAGUUAACGACAUGACUACUCUUCUGUAUGAUAUAAUACUAUAGCGUGUAUAAUAUUGCCGUGUUAUUGCCACAUUAUCAACGGACAUUCACAACGCUGGUGGUAAAGCAGAAGAGAUUAAUAGGUAGGUAAGAGACACUUGGUGCUGAAACAAAGACUGAUAAACAUUAUGCAGUGAACGAGUAAACUGAAUGCGAACGAAUACUCUGACCUUUUCUAAAUUACUGU